AUGAGAAAAUUGAUUUGGAAUGUAAUGGCAUCCCCACCUCGGCUCGAGUUUCAGCGCAGGAAGAGGAGCAAGAAGCGAUUCAGCAAGCCCAAGAGUUCCUCCUGGUCGGCCAACAGUGAUAUACAAUAUGUGAUCAAGGAGGAUAAGACAAAGCGACCCAAGGCCCAUGUCAACAGAGAGUUUUUCGAACAGCUGUGCCAGUUGCUGUCGAUUGGCAUACCCGGUAUCUUUACAGCCGAGACCGGAUUUAUCUUGCUCAUCGCUGUUUCUCUUAUGGCUAGGUCCCUCUGCGAUUUAUGGCUCAUUCACACCGGCACUCUCAUCGAAACAUCAAUCGUUAGCAGAGACUCGAAUUUGUUUAAAAGACGUUUGUUAAGGUUCAUGGCUACUUUGCCAGUGAUAUCCGUUGUAAAUAACAUUUUAAAAUACAGCAUUGGAGAAAUGAAGCUUAGGUUACGAAUUAACAUAAGUUCCUUUGUACUAGAUCAAUAUUUGAAAGGCUUUACAUAUUACAAAAUGACUAAUGUAGAUACAAGAAUUGCAAAUCCUGAUCAAUUACUCACCACAGAUGUAGAUAAAUUUUGCGAAAGCUGUACAGAUUUGUACAGUAACAUCGCAAAACCUUUGUUAGAUAUAUUUAUUUAUGUUUAUAAACUUACAUCGACACUCGGCGGUCAAACUCCGCUAUUGAUGUUAUUGUAUCUUGUCAUUGCUGGCAGUUUUUUGACUCAUUUAAGAAAACCUAUUGGUGCAUUAACAAUUAAAGAACAAAGACUCGAAGGAGAAUAUCGACACAUUCAUUCGCGUUUAAUAACUAAUUCGGAAGAAAUUGCAUUUUAUUAUGGAAACACUCGAGAGAAAUUAACACUCUUGGCUAGCUUUAAUAAACUGGUAACGCAUCUUAGGAAAUUUUUAGAAUUCAGAGUGCUAAUAGGCAUUGUAGAUAAUUUCAUUGGAAAGUAUUUAGCUACCGUCGUUGGCUUUUAUGCUGUAAGUAUUCCAUUCUUUCAAAAGAAUCACUCGACUCUUUCUGGAUCUUCGGAUCACAGGUUUAAAUCCUACUACACAUAUGGAAGAAUGUUGGUAAAGUUAGCCGAAGCAAUAGGUAGAUUAGUUCUAGCUGGAAGAGAAAUGACAAGAUUAGCAGGAUUUACCGCCCGAGUUACUGAAAUCAGAAAUGUUUUAAACGAUUUAAAUAGCAACAAAUAUGAGAGAACAAUGGUUACCGAUUCUAAAAAUGAUUCUAUUGGGACACCAGGUGGCGGAAAAAUACUAGCCAAAGAUAAUAUUAUUUGCUUUGAUCGGGUGCCUCUAGUAACUCCCAACGGUGAUGUUCUUAUUAAAGAACUGAGUUUUGAAGUGAAAUCUGGUAUUAAUGUAUUAGUAUGUGGACCAAAUGGCUGUGGGAAAAGUUCAUUAUUCCGAAUUUUGGGUGAACUGUGGCCUCUAUGGGGUGGUGUGAUGACUAAGCCACCGCGUGGUAAAUUAUUUUAUAUUCCACAAAGACCUUACAUGACUUUGGGCACAUUGAGAGAUCAAGUAAUUUAUCCGCAUACUCAUGCAGAAAUGCUAAGGCGACGCAACGCAAACGACGAGGACUUGCAAAAGUUUUUAGAAUUAGUACAACUAAGUCACUUGCUUGAUCGUGAAACGCAUCCUGGUAGUCAAGGUCAAGGUUGGAAUUCUGUUGCCGACUGGAUGGACGUACUUUCCGGUGGUGAAAAGCAACGAAUUGCGAUGGCAAGAUUAUUUUAUCAUAAGCCUCAGUUUGCCAUACUUGACGAAUGCACGAGUGCCGUCAGUGUAGAUGUCGAAGAUUCUAUGUAUUCAUAUUGCAAAAAAGCUAAUAUUACACUGUUCACCGUAUCACAUCGACGAUCUCUGUGGAAACAUCACGAGUACUAUCUUCAAAUGGACGGACGAGGUUCUUUCGAAUUUAAACCAAUCGAACCAGAUACCGAAGAAUUUGGAUCAUAAAUCUUUAGCUUCAAUGAAUUCAUGAAUAUUUUAUGAAUAUUUAUUUUUAAGAAUGGAUAGAUAGCAUAUUUGUUACUAUCUAAUUUAAUGUGAAAAAAAAAAACUAAUUCGAAAUUACGAAUGUACAAAAGAUUUUUUUAUAAUAGAUAACGAAGUUGUUUGGAUACGUACAAAAACGGUUGAUAGUACGAAUUAAUUUUUUUAUUUCAUAACAAAUAAGGAAU